CUCUCGCUCAGGUAGACGGGACGCACCGCGAAGAGCCCUCUCUCCAGACCUGCAGUCACCUUAGGUUGUCCAUCAUGGCGGUGAACGGCACAGCAGACAUCUUGAGCUCUGCCUACCUUGCAGUGGAGUAUGUAGAUGCAGUGCUACCAGAGAACCCCCUCCAGCCCUCUCUUGAACGGGCCUGGGGCUACAUGCUGGACAACUACACCAAGUUCCAGAUUGCCACCUGGGGGUCACUCAUUGUCCAUGAGUUCAUCUAUUUCCUCUUCUGCCUGCCUGGUUUCCUCUUCCAAUUCUUGCCCUUCAUGCAGAAAUACAAGAUCCAACAGGACAAACCAGAGACCUGGGAGAAACAGUGGAAAUGUUUCAAGAUGCUGCUGUUCAACCAUUUCUGCAUUCAGCUGCCUUUGAUCUGUGGGACUUACUAUUUCACUGAGUUCUUCAACAUCCCGUAUGACUGGGACUCCAUGCCACGCUGGCCAUACCUCCUGGCUCAGUGCUUUGGUUGUGCUGUUGUUGAAGACACCUGGCACUACUUCCUCCAUCGCCUGCUGCAUCACCGCAGGAUCUACAAAUACAUCCACAAAGUCCACCAUGAGUUCACUUCUCCGUUCGGCAUGCAGGCAGAAUACGCCCAUCCUGCUGAGACCCUCAUCCUGGGAGCUGGGUUCUUCAUUGGCAUCAUGAUCUUCUGUAACCAUGUGUUCUUCCUGUGGGCCUGGGUGGCUUUCCGCCUGCUGGAGACCAUUGACGUCCACAGCGGUUAUGACAUCCCUCUGAACCCUCUCCACCUGAUCCCGUUCUAUGCCGGCGCCCGUUUCCACGAUUUCCACCACAUGAACUUCGUCGGAAACUACGCCUCCACCUUCACCUGGUGGGACAAGCUGCUGAAGACAGACAACCAGUACAACAACUACAUGCAGAAACAGGGCGACAAGAAGCAGCAGUAAACCACUCACCUCCUUUCACGCUCACACACCCCGUUUGUGGGAAGGAGGAAAGAGGCAGUGAGUCUCACAGUGAGCACACAGUCACUGCUUUCCUCUCAGUACACUUAAUAAAACACACACUCACUAAAGGUGUACUUCAGACGAAUCAGCUCUGCGGUUUGAUUCUGAAUCGGACUGCGUGUUGACUUCAGUCUGCCUUCUGUGCCUUUCUGCAAGAGAAGUAUUGCUGUUUGCUUCUGUCAACAGCUGCUUGCUGAAUAAAAACCAUCAACAUCCUCAUUUUGAUUUGCUGCUUUGCUUUGUCAUUGAAUGAAGGAAAGGUUGCGCCGCAACUUUUCUUGUGAAAUGCUUCUGUAUACCUCUGAACGUCUCAGCACUUUAGCGCUUCAGUUGAACUGAGUCAUGAUGACAGUUUUUACUCUCUUAAGCAGGAACUGUCCUAACUCAAUGCUGACUUCUGAAACAAGUCAGACAUGAUUGAUGCAGACCCAUGUGAAUUUUUGAUGAAAGGGGAUUGGCUCACAUGGAACUUCCAAGUUGUUAAAGCCUAUUUUGUUUAAUACUGUAACAAUAAUUAAAUGCUGUUUUAAUUUUUACACAAAAGAAACCUUGAACAUGUUUUGUUUUUCUCUGUUUUUGUCACAUUAGAAUAAAAUAUUUGAACAAAAAUUUAAACAGAA